UGACAGUUUCUCCUGGUCGUCCGAUAAGACGAGAUCUUCACCUUUUGAAUUUGCGCGUAACUUCUUCGGCGUUUCGGAAAAUGUGAAACUAAAAUGAAGAUUAACGAUUUCUUUCUAUCCUACGACGACGAGAUGCCAUCUUAAAUUGAAUAGUGCAAUACCAUACAACCUGGGUCGUAUCGUACGCGUGAGUGGGCUAUUCGCGUUAUCGCGCGGGUGGUAGCUGGACGGACAAGGCACCCGAUAACAGCGUUGGAUUGAAAUUUCCGAUCAAGGAAAAAAAAUCGUGUCGAAAAUAAUCACAUUUUAUCGCGCGAAAAUACGUAGAUUGAUUACGACCGGCGACGUGUCGGUGUUUCGGCUAGUCCGCGCAAAGGUGCUAAGGUGUGCGCGGGGGGCUUCCCGCUGCUGCUGCUGGAGGCCGUAUUUCGGAGUGUCCCAUCGAGCUCAUUUGAGUCAGUCACUGCUGAACGAACAAUGAGAAAGCGCGCGUUCGUGAGGUGUUUGAACCAAUAUUGCUGUUUGGCAUAGUGCUCUCUGGAGGUGAAUCGAUCCAUCGACUGGCAGCGAAGACGGAAAUCGGAAGAAAGUGUGUGCGCGCGCGAUCACGAUCAAGCGAUCGAUCGUUGGUUGUUAUCGGUGUCACAUAGCGGAGUGACGUACGCAGUAGUGUGGUGUGCUGAAGGGUGAUCGCUACCGAUCGGUCGGUGCAGUUUCCCGGUUUUGGGACGGAAUGGUGUUCAAUUGCACCAUGUGCGGAAUGGGCCCGCGAUCAACCAUACUGCUCGUCGGAAUUCUGUCGCUGGCCUUUUCCGCGGCAUAUGUAUUCUUCAGCAUAUCGGGGGUCUUGGCGCACAACUGCCACCUCAACAUGACGACAUCUCCCGAAGAGUAUGGCAUCUACCUGUACUACCUGCGUUAUUCAGGAUGCGGUCCCGUCAACCUAACCUAUUUGGGAAUCCGGGAUGUGCCAGCUGAAUUCGAGAUUAUCGUCCCGGACGUGUCCGCAGCAGCCGAAAGAACCUACAUAUUCUGCAUUAUCGGAUUGAUAUUGUUUGGAGUGUGGUUUAUUACGUCAUUUUUAUCGUUGAUUUCAAUAUGCACCUCCUGCAUUGGACGGUGCUGUAUUGCGAUUGGGAUAUACCCGUACGUCAUCACGUUGUUUCUGGUACUGAUCUACAGUGCUGUGGCCUUCGUAUUCUACUUAAUCGAUUUCAUACAAAGUUUCGAACUGGACUUUGUGCUUGACCUUCUAGAGAUUCAAAAUAGGCACGAAGUUGAACCUUUCCUGGACCGAUUGGAUGAAAUCCUGUUGGUGGUGCCUCCUCUGCUGAUGUGGAUUGUAGCUGGAAUGGGAGUUCUGUUUUGGUUCAUGUUCCUAACGUUUGCCUUUGUCAUGCUUGGCGUUGCAAGCCGUUUGUGGGCAGAGAAUAAGCCGGCUCCUUCCUAUGACCGUGCAGUUCAACAAAGUCGAACCGUUGUGCCGGCGACAGCUCCUGUAGAAAUGACAGAGAACACUAGAGUUGUGCAUCCAGCUCCAACAGUGGUAGCAGCUCGCUACAAUGAUCCAGCACGACAGCCUAAUGAACCACUUCCCUACCAUCAACUGCCCCCUUCGAUGGUGGACGUACGAAGAACUAUCGAACCGCUGAAGAGCGGCCACGAACCCACACAGAACCUCCAGGUUUCCCAUGUCCCACUGCACAACAACCACCACAACCAUCCCCAUGAACAACCGGGCCCUCUACGACCCAGCUCCGUCGUCAACCCUUACACUGACAAACGGUUUUCCUACAUGCCUGGGAAUCCACAACCGUUCUCGUACCUCGCGGGUCCUCCACCCCAUUCCAGCCCCAGGAGCUCGGUGAACAUUCCGGAGGUCCGCAGCCAACUGCCAUGGAGCUACUUCCCACCGGUGGAAGAAGCCGGAACGCCAAAACGGGUCACCUCCACUUUGACCGAGCACAAGGAGUUUCCCGGACAAGAGAUUAGCGCCCCCAUUUCGAAACCAGGUGCCAUAGACGAUCGGUCAAGUGACGAAGGAAAAUGGAGUGGUCCCGAGUAUCGAUAUUGAACCCCCUCUCGCACCUAAUCGACCGAAGCCAAAGAUGCCAUCAAGCGCGAUGCCAAACGAACGAUCAGUCAUUCUAUACCUUAGCCCGUACGAGUCUACUUAGUAAAUCGUCACUUAGUGCCUCUUCGAGCGCUGUUGAGCAGCGUGAAAAGUAAUUAGCUUGUAAGCCACUCGUGUUUAAGCGAACGAAUCGUUUCUAAUAAACGUUGUUGAAGAGAA